AUGUCUACCGAAGCCAAGGCCAAGACGACUGCCAAUGCUGGCACCAAGCAUCGACAUUAUCGAAAAAAUCCUGCCAAGCAAGCAAAAAAACCUGCAGUUAAAAAGGCACAAGAGGAAGAGGGAUCCUCAUCCUCCGAAGAAGAAGAUGGUGAACUUUGCUUUAUUUGUACAGAGCCCAUUAAAACAUUCGCAGUGGCCCAGUGUGAUCACCGUACUUGUCAGAAAUGUACGCUUCGUCUCCGAGCUCUCUACGAUACUCGCAAUUGUGCUUACUGUAAGGCCGAGCAAAAAGUAGUGGUCUUCACACAAGAUGCCGAGAAACCAUUUGAAAACUACACUGCAGAUGAUACUCCUUUUACCGAUAAAAAGUUAAACAUUAAAUUCGAGACACAAGACAUGUACAAGGAGGCAAUGCACAUGUUGGAGUACAACUGUCCUCACACCGGAUGCGCAGAGACAUUCAAGAAUUGGGGUGAACUGAAGCAGCAUGUUAGAAAAUCGCAUAGUCUCAAUAUCUGCGAUCUAUGUUCUCGCCAUAAAAAGAUCUUUCCUUACGAGCACACAUUGUACACUUCAGCUCAGUUGACAAAGCACCAUCGAGAAGGCGAUAAAGAGUUCAACAAGGACGACGAAACCGGUUUCUCGGGCCACCCAGAAUGUGCAUUCUGUAAAAUUCGAUUUUUUGGUGAUGAUGAGUUGUUUGUGCAUUGCCGUGAUCAGCAUGAACAGUGCUUUUUGUGUGUGCGUAAUGGAAAUCGACACGAGUAUUACGUCAAUUACGCUAGCUUGGAAGAGCAUUUCAAAGCAGACCAUUGCAUGUGUCUUUACCCUCAAUGCCUGGAAAAGAAGUUUGUCGUGUUUGAUUCGCCCAUUGAUUUGAAGGCACACGAAGUGGAAGUACAUGGCGAAUCAACCGCUGGCUUACAGAGAUCUAUGCAGACGCAGAACAGACAAUUAGAAUUGAAUUUCCAGUACGAAUCAUAUAGACAUCAACGAGAUAAUAACAAUAGAAGAGGAGGAGGAGCAGCAGCAGCAGGAAAGAAGAAGGAAGAUAGCGCCCAAAAAACCAACCAUAGACAACACACGGCUGCUAGUGGUUCUUCUACACCCUCCAAUGCCGCCAUUGGACCUAACGAUUUCCCAAGCAUGAGUCAAGUGAAUGCGGCUCUGACAGCUACUACCACAACAGCAGCAACAAACCAAACUCGUAUUAUACCUGGUGCAAGCACCAAAAAGAACAAGGGAAAGGGAAAGGCAUUGCAAAAGCCUGCAGGAUUUGGCGCACUCUCAACACCUAUAGCAGUGAAUGACAGUGGAGGAAGUAGUGGCGGUGGUGGUGGAGGCGGUGGCAGUGGUACCAGUAAUCUGGAUCCUCAGGAUCCCACUGUGGCUAGCCAUACAGCGUUUCUGUCCAAAGUGGGCAAUAUGCUCCAAAGUAAGGCAAAGGUGAAUGAAUUUAGAUCCUUGACAAGUGCAUUCAGAAAGAACACGUUGAGUGGCGAGGACUAUGUCAAUCAAAUUGUAAAGUUGACAAACAAUAAUGUGGAGCAAUCUAGCAAGAUUUUCAAGGGAGUAGAGGACUUGCUGGACAUUGAAGACAAGAAAUGGGAAUUGAUCCGUGUAUGGAGAAACAAACACACAGCAAUGACCAACUUCCCGGCUCUUGAUGUGAGAGAAAGAACACCCGUUCAAACCUCUCGUGUGUUGGUGAUUAAGCCCAAGCAGACCAAGAAGGUUGUUGGGGGAGGAGCCAAGUCUAAGAACGUGUGGGACAAGGUAGCAUCCGCAGCCAAUGUUGCCAACAACAUGACCAGCCGACCUUCCAGUGCUCAGAGCUCCAUCCGAUCAUCACCACAAACAUCUCGCCCUGGUUCCCCUGUAAAUACCUACCGUCCAUCGUCCAACGUCAACAACAAAACUCCUUGGAGUGGAUCAUCAUCAACCAGCGUCUCUGCAAGCAACUCAGCGCAAGAUUUCCCUAGUUUAAAACCCAAGACAUUCCCUGCCCUACCUACGGCUGCGCCUAAACAUCAAAUGAUCUUGAAUAUGCGUAGACAAAAUUCAGGGCAGGGCGCUAUCAAUGCCUGGAAUAGCGGCGGAAGCAGCAGCGAGGAUGUCUCUGAAUCAGCAACGGACGAGGCAUCAUCAGCAGCCGGUAACAGCGGCAAGAAGAAGAAGGGCAGAAAGAACAAUGUCUUGUUUAGAGUUGGUUUAUAA